UAUUUGGACACCAGCGAAUAUCCCUUCUUUCUCUCUUCCUCCUCAUCUCCUCUCUCCCCAAAACCAUAAUAAAAUAGCAGAGGGGAGAGAGAAAGAAGAGAAAAGGUGCUCCUUAAUUUUCAUUCUCUCUAACUUUUCCCUAGAAAAUUGCAGAAAGAGAAAAAGGAGAGGAAAACUUAGAGAGAGAUGGGGAAAGGAGACGACAGUGGCGGCGAUGUGAAGGUGGUUGGUGCAGAAGUGGGAUCCGAUAAUAGUAAGUUCCCGUUGAGCUUUUGGGAGGUGACCCUGGCUUCCACCGUCGUAUUGGGCUUCUUGUUUGGCCUUCUGGCUGUUUACCUGACCAUGCCCGCAUCGGAUUACAGCUUCCUCAAGCUCCCCCGUAGCCUCCAAGAUCUUCAAAUCCUCAGAAUUCACCUCGAGGACUACACAAGUGACUACACUGCUCAGGUUCUGUUAGGAUACUGCAUGGUUUAUAUAUUCAUGCAGACUUUCAUGAUCCCUGGUACUGUAUUUAUGUCCUUGCUUGCCGGUUCCCUUUUUGGAGUCUUCAAAGGUGUAGCUUUGGUGGUGUUUAAUGCUACUGCUGGUGCAUCUUCUUGUUUUUUCUUGUCAAAGCUGGUCGGGAGACCCCUUGUCUUCUCUCUUUGGCCCGACAAGCUGCAAUUUUUCCAAAACCAGGUAGCUAAAAGAAGAGAGGGACUAUUGAACUAUAUGUUGUUUCUACGGUUGACUCCAACCUUGCCAAAUACAUUUAUUAAUGUUGCUUCACCAAUAGUUGAUGUGCCUUACCAUAUAUUCUUCCUGGCAACUUCAAUUGGUCUGAUACCGGCUGCUUACGUCACUGUCAGGGCUGGAUUAGCUCUUGGAGAGUUGCAAUCCCUUGGGGAUCUCUAUGACUUCAACUCGAUAGCCACCUUGUUCUUCAUUGGAGUUGUCUCAAUUGCUCCCACGCUAGUGAGCAAGAGCAAAUCAUAGUCUCACUUGCAGAACUUUGCUUGGUGUACACGAUGCCCUUGUUCUACUUGCAGCCGUUUGGGUAUCACCUCUACAGAUUAGCGUCAAAUAAUUGCAAUACAAAGGUAUAUGUCUGCUAUUGGAUAUUACUGCCUGGUUGGAGCUCCAUCGGAUAAAUUGUUAUGUGGCAGGUGUCUCCGCGACCUUGGAUGGAAUUUGGUUACUGUCAUGUUUCAUUUGGGUGGUGGGUUUUGGUCUAAAUGUGUGUGUAACUUCGAUUUUAGUUGUAAGAAAGUCUCUAAUUUUAUAGGGUAUGUAUCUCAUUCAUUGUCAAGAAAAAUGUAAAGGCAGUCUCUAGUGAACUUCUGACUUAUCUCAGCUCUUGUUGAGUUAUCCAAGUCCCAAGAUGAUCUUAGUAUUGUUUUUCAUAAACUUGACGACUAAAACGUCAAGAUGAAACUCACGUAACUGUCUUUCGUCAGGUUAACAAUUUCAUCAUAGUGUUAGCUGA